AUGAAACUCAGCCAUUCAAACUGAAAAACAGAGCCAACGGUCAAAUAGCAAGGACAACAUAGACCACCCCAAGAAGCAAUAUACUUAAGAAAGUCUCGAUUGUAAGUAAUCAUCAUCAUACAAAAACCAUCAUCAAUAUCAAAUCCAUGAAAACCAUUUACUUUCCCUCCUAUUGGAAUCACCACAUACAUGUCACAACGCCCAUUCCCAACAAAAAGAAACACAUUUUCUACCAUUUCCCAUUACCUCCAAUUUAGUAAAACAAUUAGCCAACUCAAACAAACCCAUAGCUUCUUUCUCAAAACCCUACCUAAACCCCAGUACCACCCUUUUUUAACUCAGUUCCUCACCCAGCUGCUGCGGGCGUGUGGUGACAACCUCGGCUACGCACGCCAUGUGUUCGACCAAAUACCCAACUGCAAAAACCAGUUCCUUUGGACUUCCCUUAUACGUUCCCUUGUUUUUCAGGGUCAUUUUAUCCAAUCUAUCCUAUUAUACUCUAGAAUGCAGAGGAAAGGCAUAUUCCCGUCUGGGUUCACCUUCUCCUCUGUUCUCAAUGCUUGUGCUCGAGUCCCGGCAAUGUUCGAAGGCCAGCAAGUUCAUGCAAGUGUCGAAAAAUCAGGUUUCUUGAGGAACAAUGUAGUGCAAACAGCAUUGCUUGAUAUGUACGCAAAGUGUGGAUUCGUGUUAGACGCGCAAAGAUUAUUCAAUGCAAUGGAAGAGAAAGAUGUUGUUGCUUGGACAGCAAUGAUUUGUGGUUACGCUAAGGUGGGAUUGAUGCAUGAAGCGUGGUGCUUGUUUGAUGCCAUGGAGGAACGCAAUGUGGUUUCUUGGACAGCUAUGGUUGCUGGAUAUGCAAAUUAUGGUGACAUGGGAGCGGCUAAGGAGUUUUAUGACAGGAUGGUGGAGAAGAAUUCAGUUGCUUGGCUUGCGAUGAUCGCGGGCUAUGGGAAAUGUGGUAACGUGAGUGAGGCUAGAAGAGUGUUUGACGAGAUAGUAAAGCCGGAUGCUUCGUGUUGGGCAGCAAUGGUGGCUUGCUAUGCGCAGAAUGGAUAUGCAAAGGUAGCUAUUGAGAUGUACGUGGCAAUGAGAGAUCAAAGUGUCAGAAUAACUGACGUUGCGAUAGUAGGUGCUCUUUCUGCUUGUACCCAAUUAGGAGAUGUUAAAAUGGCGGAGGCAUUGGCUAAGAAUAUUGAAGAAGGAUGUUGCGAUAGGGCGCUCUUUGUAUCCAAUGCGUUGAUACACAUGCAUGCAAAAUUUGGAUGUAUGGAGCAGGCCUGGAGGGAAUUCAGUAGAAUGAAGGAGAGGGAUGUAGUAUCUUACAGCACCAUGAUCACAGCCCUUUCUGACCAUGGAGAGUUCCAGGAAGCUUUGGUUUUAUUCUCAAAGAUGCAAAAGGAAGGAAUUAAACCAAACCAGGUUACAUUCAUAGGUGUCCUUAAUGCCUGUAGUCAUGGUGGAUUGGUUGAGGACGGAUGCAAGCUCUUUGAGCUGAUGACGCAAAUUCUUAAAAUAGUGCCAUUGAGCGAACACUUUACUUGCAUGGUUGACCUCCUUGGAAGGGCCGGGCACCUUGAGAAAGCAUACAAUCUGAUCAUUGAAUAUGGAGGUGCCUCGGAUGCUGGAAUUUGGGGUGCUUUGCUUGGAGCUUGUAGGGUUUACGGUAAUGCUGCGCUGGGUGAGAUUGCAGCUAGUCAUCUCUUUGAAAUUGAGCCUGAAAAUGUUGGAAAUUAUGUGCUUUUGGCAAAUAUUUACGCUUCACUCAAUAAAUGGGAGGAUGCAGAGAGACUACGGAAGAUGAUUAGUGUAAAAGAAAAGAGGAAAUCUCCAGGUCGUAGCUGGGUAGCCAGUUGAGAAACAAAGAACAAAUAAAAUCUUGUGAAUUUAUUUUAUAUGGCUCUGGUUAAUAGUCACUCAUUACUCGAUCUGAAGCAAAAUGGCCCAUGUAACCCUAUUACACGUAACCCUUGUUUACUUCCAGUUUCCAUCAAA